AUGGAGGAUACCCGAGAAAUUGAUGAGGUGCAAGAAGUGAUUUCGGGCAAAGCAUCUGAAAAGGAGGAAGAGACCCGUGAUGAGGUUCUUGCUCGGCACAGGAAAGAGAUAUCACAACUGCAGAAAAAAGAAGUUGAAAUGAAAAAGCAAGCAGCUAGAGGUAGCAAAGCUGAGCAAAAAACUAAGAAAAAGCAAGUGGAGGAAGAGGUUUCUCAACUUUCUACUAAGCUCAAGGAGAAACAUGCCAAAGAAUUGUCUACAUUAGGCUAUAGUAGCGGUAACGGAAAUGAAAAGAGCAAUUUAGACAAUUUGGUGAAAGCCAUAGCUGGAGUAACUGUUAGUACUCAACCUGAGAAUACAAAGGUCAGCAAGGCCAAACAGAGGCGUGACAAAAGAGCUCAACAAGAAGCAGAGAGGGAACUGAGAAUCCAAGCAGAGCAGAACGACAUUAUAAGUGAUCGCAUGGUUGAAAAUGAGAAACUGGAAAGGAAGUUGAAACCUCUCGGGUUGACUGUUUGUGAAAUAAAGCCUGACGGGCAUUGCCUUUACAGAGCUCUUGAGAAUCAGUUGGGCCACCUCUCUGGGGGUAAAUCUCCAUAUACAUACCAAGAACUUCGACAACUGGCAGCUGCUUACAUGAGAAAGCAUACAUCUGAUUUCCUUCCAUUUUGUCUGUCGGAGAAUUUAAUCGAAGGUGAUUCUGAUGAAUCAAUUGCUCAGAAGUUUGAAAAUUAUUGCAAAGAAGUAGAAUCCACAGCAAUAUGGGGAGGACAACUAGAGCUCGGUGCCUUGACUCACUGUCUGAAGAAGCAUAUUGUGAUAUUUUCAGGGUCCUUCCCUGAUGUGGAGAUGGGAAAGGAGUAUAAACCGGACGGCGGUAUUGGCUCGUCUAGUUCCAGUAUCAUGCUUUCUUACCAUAAGCAUGCUUUUGGGCUUGGUGAGCAUUAUAAUUCUGUUGUCUCAACAUGA